AUGGUUUCUCAGGUACUCUUCAGUGACAAUUUUAGAAAAUCAUUUGGAAAGCUAACAUCUUCUCGCUUGAAGAAAUCUGUGAUAAAUCUUCUGGUUAAGUUGGCUGGAGGAUGGCAUCCCAAGAGAAAGAAUGUGGAUACAAUUUCCGAUAGCUCAUCUCAAAUUGUAAAACAAUUUAAGGUUGAAGGGCGUUAUGUCGUUUGCUCUGUUGAUAUUCAGAAAGAAUCCACCUAUACUCAAGUGUUGAGGGUGUGGGAUGUAUUGCCGUUGGAGGAGGUCGCAAAGUUGUUGAAACGUCUCAAUAACAUAUGUUCAAUGUACACUGAUGAAUUUAUCAAUCUUUGCAAGGAGAAAUGUCUUGAGGGGGACUUGGUAGUUCCAAAGAGUUGGAAGCUUUGUCGUGAGAUUGUUCAAUAUAAAAGCAUUACUUCGAGCAGUUUGAAUGAUGAAUCAACUGGUGCAAUAGAUGAAUUAGAUCUCCCUUUUGAAGUUACUAAUGAAGAGAGGGAGAUAAUCCAAUUUAGUAGAAGUAGCUUUAUCCUUGGUCGCUCAGGCACGGGAAAAACAACAGUUUUGACCAUGAAGUUAUUGCAGAAGGAGCAACAACACCACAAUUGUAUUGAAGGAUUAGACAAAGCGGCGAACAAAGAAGCAAAUCAAUGUGCAGUGGCAAUAAAUGAGGAGAUUCAAUGUGUAAGAGAGGCUGGCAGGGCUACUUUGCGCCAACUUUUUGUAACAGUUAGUCCCAAACUUUGUUAUGCUGUCAAACAACAGAUUUCUCGCCUAAAAAGCUUAAAUGCUUUUCCAGUUUUUGUUUUAGUUUUUGUUAUCUUCUUCUAUACUUUGUUUGCAGCUUGGAGUGGCUCCAGGAAGAAACUCAGUGUUGGUGUUAUAUCACCGUAUGCUGCACAUGUUUUGGCCAUACAAGGUAAACUUGGGCGAAGGUUUGAUAACCUUGAUGGUUUUGAAGUUAAGGUGAAGUCGGUAGAUGGAUUUCAGGGAGGGGAGAAAGAUAUUAUAAUAAUAUCUACUGUGAGAUCUAAUUGUGGUGGAUCAAUUGGUUUCUUGUCUAGUCUUCCAAGGACCAAUGUUGCUUUGACCAGGGCUCGACACUGUCUAUGGAUUCUUGGAAAUGAGCUAACAUUACGUCAGAGCAACUCCGUCCGGGAAGCAUUAGUUCGUGACGCCAAGGAUCGUCAGUGCUUCUUUCAUGCCGAGGAAGACAAUGAUAUGAGGACAACAAUUUUAGAUGUUAAGAAAGAAUAUGAUCAGCUUGAUGAUUUACUUAAUGCGGAUAGUAUUCUGUUCAAAUCUCAGAGAUGGAAGGUACUCUUUAGUGACAAUUUUAGAAAAUCAUUUGGAAGGCUAACAUCUUCUCGCUUGAAGAAAUCUGUGAUAAAUCUUCUGGUUAAGUUGGCUAGUGGAUGGCGUCCCAAGAGAAAGAAUGUGGAUUCAAUUUCCGAGAGCUCAUCUCAAAUUGUAAAACAAUUUAAGGUUGAAGGGCGUUAUGUCGUUUGCUCUGUUGAUAUUCAGAAAGAAUCCACCUAUACUCAAGUGCUGAGGGUGUGGGAUGUAUUGCCCUUGGAGGAGGUUGCAAAAUUGUUGAAACGUCUCGAUAACAUAUGUUCAAUGUACACUGAUGAAUUUAUCAAUCUUUGCAAGGAGAAAUGUCUUGAGGGGGACUUGGAAGUUCCAAAGAGUUGGAAGCUUUGUCGUGAGAUUGUUCAAUAUAAAAGCAUUACUGCGAGCAGUUUGAAUGAUGAAUCAACUGGUGCAAUAGAUGGUAGAAGUUAUGUUGAAAAUUCAAGAGUCAGCGAAAGCCUAUUGUUAAUGAAGUUUUACUCAUUAUCAUCUGGUGUUGUCAAUCAUUUGCUCCUGAAUCACCAUGGUGAAGAAUUAGAUCUCCCUUUUGAAGUUAAUAAUGAAGAGAGGGAGAUAAUCCACUUUAGGAGAAGUAGCUUUAUCCUUGGUCGCUCAGGCACGGGAAAAACAACAGUUUUGACCAUGAAGUUAUUGCAGAAGGAGCAACAACACCACAAUUCUAUUGAAGGAUUAGACAAAGCGGCGAACAAAGAAGUAAAUCAAUGUGCAGUGGCAAUAAAUGAGGAGAUUCAAUGUGUAAUAGAGGCUGGCAGGGCUACCUUGCGCCAACAUUUUGUAACAGUUAGUCCCAAACUUUGUUAUGCUGUCAAACAACAGAUUUCUCAGCUAAAAAGCUUUGCUUGUGGUGGAUGUUUCUCAGCAGAAAGUAGUUUUGAAAUUGAUGAGUUGGAUGAGACGACAGAGUUUAGAGGUCUACCGAACUCUUUUAUUGGCAUAGAAGUACUGUUCCAUUUGAAGUGGGAAUUGUCUGAAGACAUAAGUUUGAGGUCAGUUGCUCUACAAACUUUCAUUAGGGAGAAAGAGGUCAACUAUGACCGCUUCUGUAGCUUUUAUUGGCCUCAUUUUAGUACUCAGUUGACAAAGAAUCUUGAUCAUUCGAGGGUGUUCACUGAAAUACUUUCUUAUAUAAAAGGAGGGUUAAAAUCAGGGGAUUUUCAUGAUGGGAAACUCACCAAAGAGGCUUAUAGUUUAAUGUUUGAAUGUCGGGUCUCUACUAUAAGUGCAGAAAAAAGAGAUAGAAUAUAUGCUAUUUUUCAGGAUUAUGAAAAGAUGAAGAUCGAGCGUGGUGAAUAUGAUAUAGCUGAUGUCGUUAAUGAUCUUCAUAUCCGGCUAAAGAAUCAACAUCUCGAUGGUGACAAAGUAGAUUUUGUAUAUAUGGAUGAAGUCCAAGAUCUCACAAUGAGACAACUAGCCCUUUUCAAAUAUAUUUGUAGAAAUGUUGAUGAAGGGUUUGUUUUCUCUGGUGAUACAGCACAAACAAUUGCUAGGGGGAUAGAUUUCAGGUUAGAAGACAUUAGGAAUCUAUUCUACAAUGAGUUUGUGAUGGACUCAAGGGGUGAUGAAGUUGCUGGAAGAAAAGAUAAAGGGCAUCUAUCACGUGUCUUUCAGUUGCUUCAGAACUUUCGGACACAUGCUGGUGUACUCAAACUAGCGCAGACUGUAAUCGAUUUGCUGUGUCAUUGUUUUCCUCAAUCUGUUGAUUUCUUGAAACCUGAGACUAGUCUCAUAAUUGGUGAGGCUCCAGUAUUGCUGAAGCCUGGAGCUGAUGAAAAUGCAAUUAUUACUAUUUUUGGAAAUAGUGGGAGUAUUGGAGGAAAAAUAAUAGGUUUUGGUGCGGAGCAGGUCAUAUUAGUGCGGGAUGAAUCUGCAAAAAAGGAAGUCUCUGGUUGUAUUGGAAAGCAAGCACUUGUUUUGAACAUUGUUGAAUGCAAAGGCCUCGACUUUCAGGCAAGUCCUCAGUUUGCUCAAUUAGUAUUCUUGGGAUUUCAAUUGUUAACGUCAAACAACUCUAUUUUGUUUUUAAUGAUAGUUGACAGAUUCAUGUGUAGCCUAGCUGGUUUUUAA